AUGACCUUCCAGGCUUGUGACUCGCUUGGCCUCUUGGUCUGGCUCUUGCUGCUUCAGACGCGAUUGGGCAAAGCCCGUAUGGUUCCAGGGUCACCGUCUCUUUCUCCUCUCCCCUCAGAGGAUGGCCUAGAUGACCCGGGUGUAAACCCACAAGAGAGGCCACUCACAGGGAUGCCUGAGACUUCGCUGCCCCUCAAGCCAGGAGGCAGCACGAUGCCCCUUGAUUCGACGCCAUUUACUCCAGGUCACUCCUUUUCAACCGUGAGUCUCUUAAGGCAACCGUUUCCAACAUGGAUUCCACCCACUUCAGCUUGUGGCCACAGAACUGCAAGGAUAGUUGGUGGAAAGCCUGCGCCAGUGAGGAAGUGGCCCUGGCAAGUGAGCCUUCAGGUCAACAAGCAGCACAUCUGUGGGGGCUCCCUCAUCAGCAAAUGGUGGGUGAUGACUGCAGCCCACUGUGUAUACGGCCAUCUGGAUUACGUAGUAUGGAUGGGAGAGUCUGACCUGAGGUCCAGAAUGUCUGUCAAGAUUCCAGUCCAAGACAUCAUCAUUCACCAAGAUUUCUCCAUGAUGAGAACAAUUGUACAUGACAUUGCCCUUGUUCUGCUGGCCUUCCCUGUGAAUUACAGUGUCAACAUCCAGCCCGUGUGCAUCCCUGAAAGGUCUUUCUUGGUACAACCUGAGACCCUAUGCUGGGUGACCGGAUGGGGCAAAACACUUGAACUAGGUUUCGCAUCAAGAGUGCUUCGGGAGGUCGAGCUGAAUGUUAUUCGUCAUGAGAAAUGUAAUAAGAUUCUCAAGGGCAUCACAGGACAAAUAUUUACCCUAGUCCAGGAAGGCGGAGUCUGUGGCUAUAACAAGAAAGGAGGAGAUGCCUGCCAGGGAGAUUCUGGGGGGCCCAUGGUCUGCGAAUUUAAUAAAACAUGGGUGCAGGUAGGGAUCGUGAGCUGGGGCCUUGGCUGUGGUCGGAUUGGAUACCCUGGAAUUUAUACGGAAGUGAGUUACUACAGAGACUGGAUCGUUAGAGAACUGAGUCGGGCUUUGUGUUGGGACUCCUCAGGCUUCCUCAUCUUAAGUAUGUGUCUGGUGCUUCACCUGGGCAUCCUGGUGACCCUGUGA